UACUAUUAACAGUUUUCAUUCUUUUACUCUGAACUCUAAGUGCUACAUGUUUCACUUGUAUAUUUUCUCAACUUUAUUUAUUAUGCAAAUAUUGUUUUUCAGAAUACCUGGGGACAGUGUCAGCUGGUAAAGUGGUGUGCAACAGGAAACGCUUGGUAUACAGUGAAUUGGCAAUCUGGACUAAACGUAGAUCCACCGUGGCGUUGCUGACAUUAUUUCUGUGAUUAAGCGUUACACUGUUGACUAAAAUAUCACUACAGAGCUGCCUCUUUACCUUUUCAAUUUACUAACAAAUUGGUGAUUAAAUAUAGUAUAUAAGACUUUAGUUGUAUUGUACAAGCAAAAUAAGUAUGAGAAUUUGUGGUCUUGAAGAACAAAUCCAUGUCAUUGAUAAUAAUGUGACGGUUGAAGAAAUUAUUAAGGAUAUAGUUAGAACAAAGGAAAUAUCUGAUCCUUUUUAUAUAUUUGAUAUUGGAGAUCUUGUUUACAAAGCAAAAAUAUGGCAGCAAAAAAUGCCUCGUAUAAAACCAUUUUAUGCUGUGAAGUGCAACGACAAUUCCCUUGCCUUAGAAACUUUAGCUGCCUUUGGAAUGAGUUUCGAUUGUGCUUCCAAGGCGGAAAUAAAAAAAGUGUUGGAUUUGGGAGUAAGUCCAUCACGUAUAAUAUUCGCUAAUCCUGCAAAAAUGACUUCACAUAUCAAGUACGCUAUGAAUCAAUGUGUUGAUUUGACAACAUUUGAUAAUGAACUGGAACUUUACAAAAUUAAAUCUAUACAUCCAACCUGCAACCUAGUUAUUCGAAUUCGUUGUGAUGCUACUGAAACACAGUGUCCACUUGGUAUCAAAUAUGGCUGUGAUCCUCAAACUGAAGCACCUGGAUUAAUUUCAUUGGCCCGCGACUUAGGUUUAUCUAUAGUAGGAGUUAGUUUUCAUGUUGGUUCAGGAUGCAAUGAACCAAUUGCCUUUCGAAGGGCAAUCGCUGCUGCUGCAACAAUUUUCCGUCUUGCUCAGCAAUUAGGUUUUAUGAAUAUGUACUUGUUGAACAUAGGUGGAGGAUUUCCUGGAAAUAAAAAUACAUCACUGGACAAAAUUUCAGAUGUAGUGAAUGAUGCCCUUAAUGAAUGGUUUCCUCCAAAUAGUGGAGUGACUAUUAUGGCGGAGCCAGGGAGAUUUUUUGUGGCCUCAGCAUUUACACUUGCCACUAAAAUUCAUUCAAUAAAGAGGCGAUCAAAUGACAAAGAUCAUAUCAUGUAUUUCAUCAAUGAUGGAGUGUACGGUUCUUUUAAUAGUAUACUUUAUGAUCAUUCGAUUGUUGAGCCCAAACCUUUGAAUGAUUAUCCAAUGAGCCCAAUCACUCAAAGUUCCAUCUGGGGACCUACUUGUGAUGGAUUAGAUCAGGUGGUUGAUUUGGUAAACUUGCCUCUUAUGAAAAUGGGUGAUUGGAUUACUUUUGAGGACAUGGGAGCUUAUACGAUACCUGUGGCUAGUACAUUUAAUGGAUUUCCUCUACCUAAAGUCUAUGCCAUUGCCAGCCGUGAAAUUUGGCUCAAGCUGAAAAAUUUAAUGCCAAUAUCAGAGGAUCACUUUACAACCGUGCCCAUUGUUGCAACUAUCAAGAUGGUUCGAUCAGAUUCAAGCGAUGAAGAUGAUUGGGAUGAAAAUGAUUUAGACUAUACUAGAAAUUAUCCAUGUCUUCAUUUAAAAAAUUCGUUUUCUUUGCCUGAAGCAUGAGGUUUUGCUUGUAUAAUGAAAUAACUUAGUCUCCGUUUUAUUAUAUUUAAAAUUAGUUUUAAGUUUCUGUUAGCAUUCACUGAAUUGAGUAAAGAGGCAGCUCUCCAUAAUUACAUUUAUACACAAAUAAUACAUUUUAAUCUUUUAAUUUAUUCUUUACCAUAGUUUAAGAUUUGUUGUCUUUUGAAUAUAAUGAUGAUAUUUAUUGG